AUGGAAACAGCUCGCCGCGCUUACCUCAAAUCCCUCGCCCAUCGCGGUACAAUCCAAGGCGUAACGAUCUCAACAUCGCCUUCUCCCACCAGUCAACUCAAAGACCUCUGCCACUACUUCGGCGGCGUCCGCUACGGCCUUGCCCCUGCUGAGCGCUGGCGCCGAGCCCAGCCCCUACCUGCAUCUUUCACCUACGGCAGCGAAGAAGCACCAGGCCAUUGUGAUGAGGGUGCGGGGCUUUGUCCUCAACCGGGUUUCCGACAUACGCCCGAGAACCCAGAUGCAUGGAACGAGGAUUGCUUCCAGUGUAAUGUUUGGACGCCUAUUGGGAAGGUGCCUGAGGGGGGAUGGCCUGUUUUUGUUUUUAUUCAUGGCGGAUGGCUCCAAUUCGGCACGCCCAAUUCAUUUAAUGCAGCUGCAUUGAUCGGCGAGGCUGAUUUCAAUUGUGUGGUUGUGAUGCCUGCAUACCGAGUCAACCUAUUUGGAUUCCUCUACUCUGAAGAACUGGAGGAAGACGCAGCCACUGUCGGAGAGACAGUUGGGAAUCACGGAUUCUGGGACCAGAGACUAGCACUCAAGUGGACGAAGGAGAACAUCCAUCUAUUCGGCGGGAACCCGGAGACCAUCACGAUCUCAGGAUAUUCUGCAGGUGCAAACUCCGUCUUCCACCAACUAGCUUACGACUUGCGCCAACCAGACGAGGACUCUAUCAUCCGGCAAGCAUGUAUCUGGUCCAACAGUCCAGCCGUACAGCCCAAACAGCCAACCGAAACACAAACCCAAUUCAAUCAACUCCUGACAGUCCUGGAAAUCCCCCUCACCCUGUCAAAUAGCGAGAAACUCACCCGUCUACGCUCAAUCCCCGCAAAAACCCUCCUCGACAAAGCAAGAACAAUCUCCCUCCACCAAUUCCGCCCAACAACAGAUAAAUCCUUCAUCUCCCCAUCCCUCUUCCAAACCCUAGACAGCGGCGCCUUCGCCCGCAGCCUCCUAUCCCGCAACAUCCGCCUCAUAAUAGGCGAAUGCAGCGACGAGCGCUUCCUCUACAGCGCAUGGUUCCCACCGACAGAGAAUACCUUCUCAGCACUACGCACCCGUCUCGUGGCAGAUUACCCAGAACACAUCGUCGACGCCGUAACAGCACUGUAUUACCCGGACAACCAUCUACCGGCACACUGCAAGAACUGGGACGAGGACGCGUGGGGCCGAAUCUACGCUGAUAUGCAGGUGCAUCAGAUGCAGCGUGGGUUUGCGUAUGCGCUUACGGAGAACGAGAACGGAGUCGAUGCUUCCGCGUUGCUGUUUCGGUAUCGGAUCGAGUGGAGGGCGAAGUGUGUGGAGGUUAGUUUACCGGUUGAGUGGGGGGUUACGCAUUCGUCGGAUUAUCCUAUUUGGUUCUUUGGGAAUGGGUUUUUGUUGGAAGAGGGUGAGAAGGGGGUUGUUAAGGAGGGGCUUGUUGGGCCUUUAGGGAGGUUUGACUUUGAGGGGGGAUGGGAGUGUUGA